AGACAGAAAACUUUCCCUUUCGCUGCCAAAUAAACUGCAAUUUCGUCUCAAAAUUAAAAAAUUUUCCUCUUUCGAUCCAAUCAUGAGCAACGAAUACGAUUAUCUGUUCAAGCUUCUUCUCAUCGGCGACUCCUCCGUCGGGAAAUCCUGUUUGCUUCUCAGAUUCGCUGAUGAUUCUUACGUGGAUAGCUACAUCAGUACCAUAGGUGUUGAUUUCAAAAUCAGAACUGUGGAGCUGGAUGGCAAGACAAUCAAGCUACAAAUUUGGGAUACUGCUGGACAGGAGCGCUUUCGGACUAUUACAAGCAGUUAUUACCGAGGAGCUCAUGGGAUUAUAAUUGUCUAUGAUGUUACUGAGAUGGAGAGCUUUAACAAUGUCAAGCAGUGGUUGAAUGAGAUUGACAGAUAUGCUAAUGACAGUGUAUGCAAGCUUCUGGUUGGGAAUAAAUGUGAUUUAGUUGAGAACAAGGUUGUUGACACACAAACAGCGAAGGCAUUUGCUGAUGAACUUGGGAUUCCUUUUCUGGAGACAAGUGCUAAAGAUUCAAUCAAUGUGGAGCAGGCCUUCUUAACCAUGGCUGGCGAGAUCAAGAAAAAAAUGGGUAACCAGCCAGCUGCUAACAAGUCAAGUGGAACUGUUCAAAUGAAGGGACAGCCAAUUGAACAGAAGAACAACUGCUGUGGCUAGUCAACCAUGUUAUAAUCUAACUCUGUUUUAGACCGUAAACAUGUUGCAUAUCAUAUGAAUCUUUCAGAAACUAAAAUGUUGUCUGCUUGAACCCUGUCUCUGUGUCUGUGGAAGUUCUGAUGCUUUUUCAAGUGUAUCUUAUAUUUUCCUAAUAGAUUAGAUUACUUACCACUGGCAUAUCUUUGCUAAAUACCCCAAAUUGAAAAGAAAGGGCCUCGACGGUACUGAACGAGACUGCAAUGCCUCCCAGCUAAUACUAAUGAGUAGACCAAGUCAUGCCCAAACAAUUCUUCAGCGAGAAUCAGUUACAAACAAUAGUUCCUUAUUUUCCAUAAUAUUCUGGUGUCACCCGCUGCUUCACUCGUUCACUCGUUCUUCUGGAGUUUAUAAUGUCCUAUACCCUCUGAAUGAAAUUAUCAAUUCAACUAACAAGUAACAACUACAAAUAAAAGAUAGUAAGAGUGGCAGUAGCUUCAAUGAUUGGGAGGGCAAGGAGGGUAUUGCCACCUUAAAAUCAUUAUUAAAAGAUAAAUACCCAGUG